UCUCCUAUAACACACACACACACACACACACACACACACACAGAUACACGUACAGCACGCUCGCUGGCUCGUGUUCAUUCCCGUGGUCAGGCUGCGCUGCAAGGACCUGCUUCACUCCACAGCUGGAUUGCACUCAGAUUUUCUCUCAACAACAUCCUUCAGGUCCAUCUUCACAGCAGCAAUGGAUGCUCUGACAUUCUGAGUGACAGAUUAUCUGUGUGUGUUGAGCGCCCCCUGCUGAAGUCUGAGUGGCAUGAGCGCGUGCGGGAGGAAGGCUCUGACCCUGCUCAGCAGUGUGUUUGCAGUAUGCAGUCUGGGGCUGCUGGGUAUCGCUGUCAGUACUGACUACUGGCUCUACCUGGAGGAGGGGGUCAUCCUGCCUCUCAACCAGAGUGCUGACAUACGCAUGUCCAUCCACUCCGGCCUCUGGAGAGUCUGUUUUCUGGCAGGUGAGGAGAGGGGUCGCUGCUUCACCAUCGAGUAUGUGAUGCCCAUGAGCGUUCAGCUGACCAGUGAGUCUACUGUCAGUGUCCUGAAGAUGAUUCGUUCGGCCACACCGUUCCCCCUGGUCAGCUUAUUCUUUAUGUUCAUUGGUUUUGUGCUCAACAAUAUCGGACACAUUCGGCCCCAUCGCACCAUCUUGGCAUUUGUCUCUGGAAUCUUCUUCAUCCUGUCAGGUCUGUCUCUGGUGGUUGGCUUGGUGCUCUACAUCUCCAGCAUAAAUGACGAGAUGUUCAACAGGACCAAGAGUAAUGAGGCGUAUUUCAGCUAUAAGUACGGCUGGUCGUUUGCGUUCGCUGCCAUUUCCUUCCUGCUCACUGAGAGUGCAGGUGUGAUGUCAGUCUACCUGUUCAUGAAGCGUUACACAGCGGAGGAAAUCUACCAGCCCCAUCCGAGCUUCUACCGGCCUCGCCUGAGCAACUGCUCCGAUUACUCGGGUCAGUUCCUUCAUCCCGACACCUGGACACGAGGACGCAGCCCUUCAGACAUCUCCAGCGACACCUCGCUCCAGAUGAACGCCAGCUACCCUGCCCUGCUCAAGUGCCCUGACUACGACCAGGUGUCCUCCUCUCCCUGCUGAAGCACAGCAAAUAAGUUCAGUGUUGAUCAGAACUGGGUUUUAACAUAUAUGUGUGUCUUUGCCUUAUGAAAGGGAACAGACUGAUAGAAUGUAUGACUGUAAUUUUCCUGUUCAGUAGUGGGCUUGGACUAAUGACUUUGUUCCAGCAGGUGGCAGGAUAGUAUUCUUCUGUGGAGUGAUUCACACACUGCUAAGAUGUAUAAUCAGUGAAGUUUAAUGUACAACUGGGUGUUGAGCCAUGUAAAUAUUAAUGGUGCUUAUUCAUAUA